GCUUUGCAAAUUGCUGACACCACGUGGGAGAAUGUGUUGUAACAGCGGAAGUAUUCAGAAACGUAAAACAUGGCUGAAGAAGUAACUACAGUAACAGUUAAGCAUGGUGGAGCAAGUCAUCAUAUUAAGGUUGCUGCUGGGCCAGAUCAUAAUGAACCCACACUUGGUGAUAUGGUCAGUGUUCUAACACAAGUCACAGGAGUUCCUCCAACUUCUCAGAAACUGGUCUUUAAAGGAAAGUCUUUAAAAGAAAUGGACCAAACAUUGUCGGCGCUUGGAAUCACAGAUGGUUGUAAAAUAAUGCUAAUAGGCAAAAAGAACUGCCCAGAGGAAGAAGCUGAGCUGAAGAAACUGAAAGAUAUUGAGAAGACCUUAGAGCAGGUAUCCAAAAAGUUACAGGAGUUGGAUAGUGAAUUGUCUGGUAUUCAGAAGGUUAAUUUAGUUCCUUCUGCAUCAUUGCUAAAGUUGCUUGGACCAGUAAGACUGGUGGAAGUGUGGUUCCUUAAUAACCCUGGAGGAAAGGAGUUUAUAAGAAAACAUUGUCACUUCCACACUCAAAAAUAUGGUCAGUAUCGGAUAUUUACUGGGGGAUCUUCCUCAGCACUUUCUGGUCAUUGGACAGAGUAUCUAUAUCAUUUAAGCCACCAUCAGAAAAUGUUACAAAUGCUCAUUAGAAGGAUCUUUGCUACAGUGUAUUCAUAA